UCUGGACCAAUCACGUUGCGGUACAGCAGCGGUGGGCGGGUCUUCCUCUGUGUGGACAGCAGUUGUUGAAAAUGUCUCCCUAACAACCGAGCUGGAAGUCAAACAGAAGUUUGCGCUGGACAAACGCCUCGCGUCGGGAUGGCUGGGACUGGCGAGGGAAAGAAAGAAGAGGCCGACUACAAGAGGAUGCACAGUUUUCCCCUCAUCAGGCAUACAGACAUGCCAGAGGAGAUGAGGGUGGAGACAAUGGAGCUUUGUGUUACAGCAUGUGAAAAGUUUGCCACCAACAAUGAGAGUGCAGCCAAGAUGAUCAAAGAGUCCAUGGACAAGAAGUUCGGCAGCUCGUGGCACGUCGUGAUCGGCGAAGGUUUCGGCUUCGAGGUCACACACGAAGUGAAGAACCUGCUCUACAUGUUCUUUGGGGGGAGCCUGGCGGUGUGUGUGUGGAAGUGCUCGUAGCCCCACCUCAUUGCCCUCCCCACACCCCUCCCCUCUGACGCUGUCACUGGGCUGGAACUGAGCACAAGCUACCAGCCAGAUGCUGGUCACACAGUUCGUCCACACAUCCAGCCUCUGUGGCAGAUAAUAAACCGUCGCUUGGAGAGCUUAUAAGUCUAACGUUAUUGUUGGCAGGGAAGAAAGCUGAAAGGGAAUUCUAAAUCAGGCUGGCAGACAUAAAAAUAGUCUCCUGGCCCCAUCUGUUACGUCCUUUUUGUUUUUGAGUCUCUGUCUGUCUCUGAAGCCGAGUCCAUGGUCCUAAACAUUUGAGUGUUCACAUGUGAGAAUGAAAGUCCAACUUUUACAAACACUACAGCCAGCCAGGGUCUCCAAAGUCCUUUCUCCUCAUUCCUCUGCAGGGAGAGUGUUUGUGCGCGAGUGUCUUAAAAUGUCUGUGUGUGCUGGACACACACUUUUUUGAAAUAACAUUUCAUCGUCACCUUCCUGUCCGCACCGUCAUAACUUUUCACACGUGUCUUCUUUUACCUCUCUCUGUCUCUCUCUCUCUCUUUCUCUCUCUCUCUUCAAGCGCACUAGUCUUUCAAUAAAGUUUUUAAUAUUUUUUAUCUGUACAUAUUUUGAAGCAAUUUGAGAAACUUCUUUUUAAAUACCAGUGUCAUCUUCUUACAACUCUAGGCUCAGAGUCUCCUGAGUCCAACAACACUAAACCCGAUCCGUCCUUUCUCCCCUGUAAAGGCGUUUGUAAUAAUCCCUGAUGAUGUCGCCGCGCUGGGUGAUGUCAGCAAUGUGAUUGUUUUCAUGGUGAUGCCAGUUGUAAUGAUCCAGUGAAAUGGAGCAUUUGUGUGAAGUUAUCAGAUUGUACAAUAAAUCUUGAAAUGUGGUGAAAUAGGAAA